UUUUCCACCAUCAAUGUUGCCAUCCCUAUAUAAACCUCAACAAUUCACGGUCUUUUCCAUAUGUAUAAACAAUCUAUUUCCGGACAAUAACCUAUUGAAAUCUCUCAGAAAUGGGUUCCACGUGCAGGGUCUUCUUUUAUGCAUUUGUGUUUGCAAUGAGCAUGUUUUUGAUGGCUGAGGCAAGGCCAUUAGACCUACCCAAGACAGCAACAAGCGACCUGCUGGCUCGGUUGAAGUUGGAUGAGGAAUCAGCCGACUGCUGGGGCUCAUUGAUUCAGCUUCAAUCAUGCACCGGAGAGCUUAUUAUCUUCUUCAUGAAUGGUGAGACCGAAAUUGGACAAAACUGUUGCCAUGCAAUUCGUACCGUAAGCCAUCAAUGCUGGCCCAACUUGAUCGAUGCACUAGGCUUUACAACAGAAGAGACCCACGCUCUUGAAGGCUACUGCGACCAUGAAGAUGAUCAAUCAAAGCCAUCGGUCGCUGUUACUAAUGAUGUUGGUUCCUCGAAAUUACUUAAUCGCUAAGCUCAUCAAUCAUCUGUUAUAUAAUAAUGAAAUAACUUUCUUAAUGAAAAAGCAUGCUUUGGAUAUGAUGG